CUUGCCUCUAGCCACCAUCCUGGCUCUGGAAUCGCUUUCUCCAGGUGGUCUGUACGCUGGGUGGCUUUCUAAGCAGGCUUCAUACCUCUGAUCUGUCUGUCUUCCAUGGGUUUCGCUGUCUGAACUUCGCAUUUCGUUGUACCAUAUAAUUGCACUUUGCAUGGCCGUGCGCGCUAUUUCGCAAACUUCGUCCUGGAACUCAAGUGCCAAUCCCUCUCGGGAAGCCGCUAUACAAGAAGUUCACGCAUCGUUGACCGUGCCCGGCCCCGGCGUACGAUUGCUGGCAUUUGAUGAUGGCGGCAUCCGUGGGCUCACUAUGCUUCUCCUACUGCGAAAAAUAUUCGUCAGGGUUCAACAAAUGGCUUGUUUACCAACAAUGCCUCUUCCUUGCGAGUAUUUUGAUAUGAUAGCAGGUAGUGGUACAGGGGGCUGCAUCGCGCUCUUGCUUGGGCGUCUACAACUCCCCAUCGAGACCGCUAUAGAAUGCUACGCGCAAAUAGUCAAGCAAGUCUUCGCGCAGAUCAAGGGAGACGGUAGCUUCCGCCCGUCGCAACUCGAAAAGGUUAUCCGAGAGAUUUCGCGGCGCUAUGGGGACGGCGAAGAUACGCCCCUGCUCGACACCCAGUCAUCAGCAUGCAAGACGUUUGUAUUAACCCGAGAAGAUGCUGGCCUCGGCAACAUUGCACUACGUCGAUUACGAACCUACACUCAUCGUACGGAACCCACAACACAAUAUACGCUUGUGGAGGCUAUUCGCGCUACCAUGGGGAACCCGACAUUCUUCAAGCCACUCUCGGUUCGGAGAGGACCCGCGGCUGUAACCUUCUUAGACGCGGGCGAUCCUCACUACAAUCCGGUCUUCGCUCUCCUGGAGGAGGCGGAAAUCACCUAUCCCGCACGUCACGUCGCAUAUCUACUCAGCCUGGGUGCAGGUACAGCCAGCACAGUCGGAGAAAACUCGUCUCGUAUAUUCUCCACUCACCCUAGACUCCCCUUGCCCACCCUCGCCGCCAUCCGACAUCUAGCGCAAUGCUGCGACCAGACGGCAGCUUCCUUCGAACGCGGACAUGGCGAUCUCGGCCGCAGAUACUUCCGUCUGACGCCGAAUCAGCCUCUGCGCGAUGGGAGAAUACCAUGGGAAGGGGUGGAGGAUCUCGACGCUAUCGUUACGCCUUACGUCGAAACCGUCCAGCAACAAGUGCGCACGCUGACUACCCUGAUGAAGAAUCAGAAAGCGUUGAACAACGCACGCGGAGGCAGACGCUAGCAGGACAUAUCGAUACCUUAUUUCGAACACGAUUUGCGGAUUGUAAAUUCGGCCAACAGUGCAAUCACUUUGCGUAUCGGAUUGCUUCAGAA